AUGUCCCUCUUCGGCACCUCCCCGCCCGGCGAGCGCCCCUCCGUCGCAUCCCCUGUCUCACGAUCCCGCGGCCUCUUCGACGACGACGUCCCCUCGAGAUCAUCCAAAUCGCUCUUCGAUGACGACGACGAUGCCGGUUCCGGAACCGGUUCGCCUUGGGACGUGCCCACUCCUCGGAGACGGCAAUCGCGUACCGACGUCAAGACCCUCCUCCGACCCGCCGACGUGCCCGAGUCCUACGUCGAACUCUUUGAUAAGGCGCUCGAGGAGGAUGUCGGCGGUGGACUGGGCAGGAUCAGCUUGCGGGGGCUCAACCAUCUCUUCGCGGCGGCGAGGGUGAGCUCCGAACAGCGAGAUCGCAUCCUGAGCAUCGUGUCACCUGGGGGAGGCGAGGUGGGCAGGAAUGAGUUCAAUGUGCUGUUGGCGCUGAUUGGACUUGCGCAGGAGGGGGAGACUGUUAGUCUAGAGAAUGUCGACGAGAGAAGGAAAGAUCUUCCCCAACCUAAGCUCAUCGGCAUCAACGCUGAACGCGAAUUACCCACGGCCGAGCUCGCGGCAAAACCUCCCCAGAAGCCUGUAGAGCAGCCGAAACCCACGACCACGCCGCCUCGCUCCAAGGCAUACGGCCCGGCCACCAUGAAUUACCCUGGAGAUGCUGACGCGGAUCCGUGGAACACGCCCGAUGUGCACAAGCACCACCCGCAUCACUCCGACGACGUAGUGCCUACAUUAUCGACCACUGAUUCGACAAACGUCCCGACAGCGACGAACGGUGAUGGCCCGCGGAGCCUAGAGCCUAACGGCGGCGGUACCGAUGAAGACAGCUACCACCCAUCCCUGGCCAUGUCCAUGCCCGCACCAUCGACUGAACCGAUAUCGUACGCAAACCCAGCACCGACUUCCCCCCCACGACACCCCUCACUAUCCGCAUCUGCUACGACGGGAUUACCCUCCUCCACACCAUCGACUGGUGGCUGGGGAGGCCUCUACGAUAAUGCAAGUCUAAGCACGGCCGGCGGGUUUGGCGACACGCUGAGGAACGCGCCGGCGAAUCCGUUUGGCGGGCCAACGCUCCGACAAGGUAGCACGUCGCAGGAGCCGUCGCAUCCGAGGGCGAUUAGCAGCGGGCGGACGGGCAACGCCCUUGAGGAGACCGUCCUAGUUACCCUUAUGCCGGAGAAGGAGGGCAUUUUUCUGUUCCAGCACCACAACUACGAGGUUUCGAGCUCGAGGCGGGGCAGCAAAGUGGUGCGGCGGUAUAGCGAUUUCGUCUGGCUCUUGGAGUGUUUGCACAAGAGGUAUCCAUUCAGGGCGCUGCCUCCGCUGCCGCCCAAGCGCGUUGCUGUGAAUGGUAACCACUUGUCGAAUGAUCGGGCGUUUAUGGAGAAGCGACGGCGGGGUCUUGCGAGGUUCUUGAAUGCGCUUGUGCGGCAUCCGAUUUUGAGCCAGGAACAGCUUGUCGUCAUGUUCCUUACUGUGCCGACUGAGCUGGCCGUCUGGCGCAAACAGGCCACCAUAUCAGUGCAGGAGGAAUUCGACGGACGAUCUCUCCCACCCGGCCUCGAGGACUCUGUACCACUAACUAUCGAAGACCUCUUCUCGCGGUCCCGCGCGGGCAUCAAGCGCUCCGCCGAGCUCUACAUCGGCAUCUGCAGCAUCAUGGACCGGCUCGUCAAGCGCACCGAAGGCGUCGCCGCCGACCACGGCCGCCUCGCGCUCUCCCUCGCUUCCCUUACGGAAGCCACGGCCGACACGUAUGCGACCGACACGGCGGAGGUGGCGCUCAUCAAUGACGGGCUCAUGGCUAUGGGCAAGCACCUACGCACGGGCCAGAGCCUCCUCGAGGAUGAGAGCCGCGCGUGGGAGGCCGGCGUGCUGGAGGACCUCAAGAGGCAGCGGGACGGGCUCAUGAGCAUGCGGGACAUGUUUGAUCGGCGAGAUAGGCUGGACCGCGAUAACAUUCCGUAUCUGGAGAAGAGGAUCACGGCGAAUGAGGCGAAGUUGGCGACUUUGAGAGCGAAGCCGGAGGGGAUGGUGAAGCCGGGGGAGCUUGAGAAGGUGGCGGAGUCGAUUAUCAAGGACAAGGAAUCCAUCGUCAGACAGCACAACCGUUCGGUGUUUGUGCGUGAGUGCAUCCGCGACGAGUUGCGGUAUUUCCAGGCGUCGCAGUACCACGUCUCCCGGUGGAAUCAGGACUAUGCACAGGAGAGGGUCAAGUACGCCGAGGUGCUAGCGGAUAACUGGCGGCGCUUGCUUGACGAGCUUGAGGGCAUGCCUCUUGGAGAGUGA